AUGCACUCCCCAAUCACCAUCCUCGCCGUCCUCACCCCCUUCAUAACCACCAUCGCGGCUCAAUCAAACAUAAUCGGCAACGCCAUAACCCUAGGUUUCUUCGGCCCCUCAGAUGGGCCGCUGGAAUGUGGCCAAGUCGUUGAUGGCUCCGAACUCCUGGUCUCCCUCCCCGCCUCAGCAAACCUCCCAUGCGGCUCCAAAGUCUCAAUCGGCAACGGCGAACGGGUCGUCAUCGUCGGUAUCGCCGGUGAAUGCGCUGAGUGCGCGGAUACGGAUCUAGCUGCGACGAGUGGGCUAUUCAAUAUUUUGCAGGGCGGGGAAUUUGAUUUGGUGGAGGUGCCUAUUGUGUGGUCGGUUAUUCCGUAG